AUGGUGGAGUUGAGAGAGAAGUUGAAAGGGUACAAAGAAUUCAUACUCCAAGUCCACCAAAUGAACACCGUUCCCUCCCCUCAACCUUCCCAACUCUCUGCCCUCGAAGACUGGCUACGCGACUUCAGAGGCGGCAAUCCCUUCCUCCAGUCCAACGAAGCCUUCACCUGGGCAGACCCCAACCCCUCGUCAUAUCUCUGCCUGAGCGCACCGGUCAAAGAAACCGACCCUUGUACCACUUUCAUCACUGAGAAGAUUCUCAGAACUUAUCGCCACCUCCUCGGCCAUUGCGUCAACACCGGCCAGGCUGUCGACACAGACACAGGCUACACUUUCACAGAUGCGAGAAUAGGGGUGACGGCAGGGUUUAUGGCGCUGUUUGCGCUGGUGAUUGCCGUGUUUAGCGACGCGAAGAGGAUAGAGGUUUUUGCGGCUACCGCUACGUAUGUUGACCUUGUGUCGGGAAUCCACAGGGUGAAUGACUGA